AUGGAAGAAGAUUUUAAGGCUGUGUGGUAUAAACGAUCCAUUGAAAUUGAUGAACAAGUAAUGUGGUUGGAAAAAUGGGCACCGGAGUUCAAACCUGAUGAGGAUUCUCCGAUAGUCCCCGUUUGGGUAUUGUUACCUGGAUUGCCUUUCCAUCUGCACACAUGGAAUUACGUGAAACAAGUAGUAGCCGCAAUAGGAACUCCACUCACCAUGGAUGCUGCAACAGAAAAUCGAACCAGACCAAGCAUGGCCAAAGUGAGAGUGGAGGUAAAUUUGACCAAGACCAAGUUAACUUCUAUUUUUGUUGGAACAGAGGAUGAAAAUUGUCCUCAAAAAGUUGAGGAGAGUUUGGAGGUUAAAGAGAAUGGGAAGAUAAGGCAGAACAAUAAGAUACAGGUAGAGGAAAGUGUUGAUGAUGAUAAUGUUAUAGAAAGUAUUCAGCAGGAAAUGGAAAAUGAAGCAGAGAAACAAGGGCUAGACAAGCCGCAAGAAGUUACUGAUACGAGGAUGGAUCAUCCUAGUGUAGAGGCCAACAAGCAAAAGAAGUUUAUUGAGGCCAAGAGUGGGUCUGUGUUAAAAGAAAAGUUAGAUAGGAUCAAGAGAAAGAAGAAAAAAAAGCCUCCAAAAAAGAGAACCAAGAUUAAGAUCAGUGCUGCUCGGAAAAAAAUCUCUAACAGAUCAGUUGGAGAUAGGGAAGACAAGGAAGAAAGUGUUAUUGCAGGGCAACGUUAUACCUCUGGAAAUAAGGAGAACACUGCCAGCGUUAAGGAGAAACAACAGCAUCCAAAAAAUAAUAAAGAGACGGAAGAGAAGGAGGACAGUCAACAAGUCGGUAAUACGAACAAUGAACGGGACGAAAAGGAGUCUAAUGAAACCAACAAGGAAGAGGAAACAGAUCAAAAUAACAGUGCAACUGAAGAAUAUGUCGCUGACUCUCAAGAAGAGGAAAAGCAGGGCAGCAGUUCACGGGGGCUGGUAGAAGUUGGCUUCAUAACCUCUAGUGUUGACACUCACACCAGGAAUCAACAGGGCAUUCAGUUAUUUGUGGAUUUAAAUACCGAGAAUGGAGAUGAUAUCAACAACACUGUCACUGAUGAUAAAGACAGGGGAGAAGAAACAGAAGACAAAAUUGGUGAGGUGAACUCGCCAAGACUUUCUGAACAAGAUUUACUAGAAUUUUUUCAGGAACAAAUUGGCAACUCUCUUGAACAAGCUGGAGCCUCACCUGUUAAAAAAGGAAAAGGCAAAAGCAAGAGAAGAUCCAAAAAAAGGAAAGAAGAUCAAAAUAAAUCUACCCUCUAA